GAGCACUUAACACUGGAUAAUCAUGAGCUUCACAAUAUCUUUCUUGCUUUUGAUGUUCUCUCCUUUUCAAAUCAUGCUCGCCUAUUCAUCAGGGCACCCCGCAUGCCAUAGCGAAGAGCGCUCUGCCCUGUUGCAAUUCAAGGAAAGCUUUGUUAUUAGCCGGUCUGCUUCCAAAUUCCCCUUUGCUUAUCCAAAGGUUCAGUCCUGGAAGCUCGACGGAAACGGUAGUGACUGUUGCUUAUGGGAUGGUGUCGAGUGCGAUGAGGAUAGUGGUCAUGUGAUUGAACUUGACCUCAACGCUAGCUGUCUCUAUGGUUCCAUUGACUCCAACAUCAGUCUCUUCCUCCUAGUUCAACUUCGAAAGCUCAACCUCGCCAAUAAUGACUUCGGUAGUUCUCAAAUACCGUCUGCAUUAGAUAUCUCAUUCCCAGUACCUGAUACAUUUGCAAAUUUAUCUUCACUGCGAGCUAUCACACUCAUUAAUUGUGGACUGCAAGGAAAAUUCCCAGAGGCGGUCCUUCAACUUCCAAACCUUCAGUAUCUUGACAUGCGGCAUAAUCCAGGGCUCACGGGUCCUUUACCUGCCUCUAUAGGGAGGAUCCAUUCCUUGGAAUCUUUGAUGAUUUGUUCUUGCAACUUUUCGGGAGUGAUCCCUUUUUCAGUUGGUAAUCUUAGCAAGCUUUCUAAAUUGGUCCUUGGUAAUUACUCUUUUUAUGGCCAAAUUCCUUUCUCCAUUGGAAACCUAACUGAAUUAUUUUAUAUUCGCUUUGCACUAAACAAAUUUCAAGGAUUCAUUCCAGACUCAAUUUUUGCACUCAAGAAUCUUGAAUAUCUUAACUUUCAACCUAACAACUUAAGUGGCAUGAUUGAAAUAGAAAAAUUUCUUACACUAAGGAGCUUAAAGAUUCUUUACUUGUCUAGAAACAACUUUGUGUUGCUCAACAAAAGUUGCACCAAUGGCACUGAUCUACCGAAGCUCACCCGUUUAGGGUUGGCUGCAUGCAGCCUUAGUGUGUUCCCAAACUUUUUAUACAUGCAAAAUCGAUUGACUUUUCUAGACCUAUCCUUGAAUUAUCUUUACGGAAGAAUACCUAGUUGGAUAUGGAAAGUAAGUACAGAAAAACUAGAAUUCCUGGACCUUUCUUACAACUUGCUAACAGGCCUCGACCAACCUCCAGCUUUUCUUCCAUGGUCUUGUAUGUCUAUUUUAAAACUAAAUUCGAACAUGCUCCAAGGCUCUCUUCCAAUUCCGCCGAUCUCCACGAAGUACUAUUUGAUCUCCAACAAUUCAUUGGCUGGAGAAAUCCCACCAUCAAUUUGCAAUAACAGCUCUUUUAUAGUACUUGAUUUGUCAAAAAACAACCUAACUGGUUUGAUUCCUCAAUGUCUGGGCAACUUUAGCAGCACUCUGUCUUUAUUGAGUUUAGAGGGUAACAACCUUUAUGGCACCAUUCCACAAACAUGGGUACAAGGAAGCAGACUAAGGAUGAUUAGUUUGGGUCAAAAUAAGUUGCAGGGACAAAUACCGACAUCAAUUAUUGGUUGUAAGAUGCUUGAGAUUCUUGAUCCCAACAACAAUCAGCUCAUCGAUACUUUUCCAUCAUGGAUGGGAACUCUCCCGGAGUUGAGGAUUGUUAUUUUGCGGCAUAACGGAUUUCAUGGCAAAAUAGGGAAUCCCGAAUCGAGUUUUUCUUUCCAAAUGUUGCAGAUCUUGGAUCUUUCUUUGAAUAAUUUUACCGGUAAGUUGCCAGUGGAAUACUUCCAUUGCUGGUUUGCGAUGCAAGUUGACCGUGAAGACCGGUUAUCAUACAUGAACGCGGAAACGAGUGUUCGAAUACAGGGUCGAUGGAUACAUGUUCAUUAUAGUUACUCCAUGACAAUGACAAACAAAGGCGUGGAGAUGGAAUAUAAAAAGAUCUUAGAGAUUUUAACAGUCAUCGAGCUCUCAUGCAACAAAUUCGAAGGAGAGAUACCCGAAUACAUUGGGAAUCUGAAGGGCCUUCGGUUACUCAUCCUUUCCAACAAUAUCUUCUCUGUUUUAUCCCAUCAUCCAUGUUGGGUAUCCAUGUUGGGACUGAGCGGAGAGCCAUUCUCAAACAAAUGUGGAAGUCUCAAGGAAUUACCCGCUCUGGCUCCGGCUCCGGCUACAGGAGAUGAACUUUUGUGA